CAUACCGUCUGCGGGGCUUUUCCUGUGUGUGCGUGUGGCGCUGCUGUUGUUCCUUCUGCCUCCCUAGCUCGCUCGCUCUCUCGCUCGUUGGCCAUGAAGACCAAGUUCUGUAACGGCGGCGAGGCCGACCCUUCCCCGCUGGGGCUCCUGCUGGGGUGUGCCCAGGGCCCGGUCUUGCCCGCCCUCACUCAGUCUCCGUCGUCGCUGCCGCCGCCGCCGCCUUCCUCUCACGCCGAGGCCGAAGCCAAGGAGCUGGGGCUCCGCGGGCAGCAGCAGCAGCACCAGCACCAGCCUGCCCUCGCCUUGCCGCCGACGCCGCCGACCCCUCCCUCCCCGCCGGUGGAGGAGCAGCCCGACCCCCGCACCCGCCGCAAGGCGUAUUUUUGGUGCAGGGAGUUCCUGCGGGGGGCGUGGCGGGGGUUGCGGGAAGAUCAGCUGCGCAUCACGCCCAUCAGGGGAGGCCUCAGCAACAUGCUGUUCCAGUGCUCAUUACCUGAUACCAUGGAGACUGUUGCAGAUGAACCACGCACAGUUCUUCUUCGCUUAUAUGGUGCCAUUCUACAAAUGAGGUCCUGUAAUAAAGGAGGCUCUGGACAGGCUCAGAAAGAAAAUGAUUUACAAGGUGCAGAAGCUGUGGUUCUGGAGAGUGUUAUGUUUGCCAUUCUUGCAGAGAGAGCUCUUGGACCAAAGCUCUAUGGAAUCUUUCCACAAGGCCGGCUGGAGGAAUUCAUUCCUAGCAGGAAGUUGGACACGGAUGAACUGGGCUUGCCUGAUAUAUCAGCAGAAAUAGCUGAGAAAAUGGCUAGGUUUCAUGGCAUGAAAAUGCCAUUUAAUAAAGAACCAAAGUGGCUCUUUGGAACCAUGGAGAAGUACUUAAACCAAGUGAUGAGAAUCAAGUUUACCAGAGAGUCACGUGUUAGAAAACUGAACAAGAUCCUCAGUUACAACCUGCCUCAAGAAAUGAAAAAUCUACGGUCCUUGCUUGAAGCUACUUCAUCUCCAGUUGUGUUUUGCCAUAAUGACUGCCAAGAAGGAAAUAUUUUGCUUCUUGAAGGUAGAGAGGAUUCUGAGAAGCAAAAAUUGAUGCUUAUUGACUUUGAGUACAGCAGCUACAAUUAUAGAGGGUUUGACAUUGGAAAUCAUUUCUGUGAAUGGAUGUAUGACUAUGUGCAUGAAAAAUACCCAUUCUUUAAAGCGAACUUCCUGAAGUAUCCCUCAAGGAAGCAACAGCUCCACUUCAUCUCCAAUUACCUAGUUGCAUCUCAAAGCGGGUUUGAAAAUCUGAGCAAUGAAGAUAAGUCCAAAAUAGAAGAAGAAAUGUUGGUUGAAGUAAACAGGUUUGCCCUUGCAUCUCAUUUCUUCUGGGGUCUGUGGUCCAUUAUACAGGCAAAGAUAUCAUCUAUUGAGUUUGGAUACAUGGACUAUGCACUCUCAAGAUUUGAUGCCUACUUCGACCAAAAGAGGAAGCUGAAAGUGUGAAGGUUGAAGACUGGACAAUCUGUUUCUGUACUGUAUAAGGAAGGCAGCUGGGCAGAAAUUCCACUGUGCUUAGGCUACUGUAGUUGUAAUGAAGGUUUUGCAAAUUCCAACUACUCGGAUGCAAUGCUGAAGACUGCACAAAAUGGCUAAGUUUACUUUUUUUUUACAGUUUCAUAAGUCCUUGGAACGAGAAUUGACAGCUGAAGUAUAAUAUAACAGUGCAAUAUCAAGCUUUUUAAUCUAGAAGGUAUUAUGAGGGAAACCUUGAGUUUUAAUGUGAACCAUCCCAUACUUCAAGAGUAAACAGUGUUAACUGUGGGUACCUAUUUUAAGUAAGAUAUUUUUAUCAAAUUAUCUUAAUGCAUUCUACAUUUCUAGCAUCAAUGGGAAAACCACAAUUUUGUUUAGGGGAAGUUAUACUGUGAAUUUUGGCUGAAAACCCAUUUGAACAGAGGCUGUUCUUAUGGGAUAUGUCAAGCUAUUCAUCUCCUGAAAACUACUGGUGAACUAACACUAAAACAUAAUGGCUAAAAAUCAAUGAAAGGGUGCAUUCUGGCUUCUCUUUCCAUGCAGACUAAGGUAGCUUUCACAUUCUGAUAUCUUGGUAGAACAAGGUACUACAGCUGCAUCUCCAACUGGAACACACGAGUUGCUGUCUGAUUAGCUCAUUCCACAUCUCUGACCAAGGAUGUGCAUUCACUGCCCAGCAACAGUCCUGCAGUAUUGCAUUGUUGUACAGGACGUUCCCUGCGCAGGCAGCACUGGGAUGAGUGCCUUGAAUUCCUCUACCUGCCCCCUCUGGCGUGAGGGAGGAAGAGAGGGGCAAAUGAGAUGGGGAGCAAGCGAGGAACAUUUGACCAAUUGUGGCAUGCUGGUGCCUUGUGGGGGCACACUGCUCCUUGUUUAAAACCCUGCUGCUUUCCCCAUCAGAUGAGUGGAUGUUUCUUGUGCAGAAAAGACAUUAAAAUAUAUACGUGAACUUUACAAUAAGUGUAUGUUACUUUGAGAGCUUCUAGAAACAUAUCUUUUACCAUCCUUAUUUGACUUGUGCUUUCUGCUAACAUGUAUUGUACAAAUAAACUUUUUUAAAGUCUUUAA